AAUACUUGCUCUCUUCGCUGCCGCUCUCGGAGGCGACUUCGCAAUUGCGACCCGGUUCGCACAAAUCGGAUCACAACACUCCACUUCCAUUCUUGCCGUAUCUCGCGUCUGGUAACCAACCUUCGAUUCUCUUAUAAACCCUAAGUUCAGCUCCGAUCGCUUCGCCAUGGGAGACUACAGCGAUGCCUUCAUGCGCAACCAACAAAACGCCGCCGUUCAGGCCCGCCCCAAAGUCCAGAAUCGCGCUAAUGUCCAACAGCUCAAACUGAUUGGGCAGAGUCAUCCCACUGGUCUAACAGCCAACUUGUUGAAACUCUUUGAGCCUCGACCACCUUUGGAGUUUAAACCACCUCCAGAGAAAAGGAAAUGCCCACCAUUAUCAGGGAUGGCACAAUUUGUGAGUAGGUUUGCAGAGCCUGGAGAACCUGAAUAUUCUCCACCAAUCCAAGAGGCUGAAACUCCUGCACAAAGAAGGGCUAGAGUUCACAAGUUGAGGCUAGAAAUGGGUGCAGAAAAGGCUGUUGAGGAGUUACAGAAAUAUAAUCCACAAGAAGACUCAAAUAUUUCUGGAGAUCCCUACAAGACAUUGUUCGUGGCUAGACUCAGUUAUGAGACAACAGAGAGCAGAAUCAAAAGGGAGUUUGAGUCUUAUGGGCCAAUCAAGCGGGUUCGAGUGAUUGCUGACAAAGAGACAAAUAAGCCUAGAGGCUAUGCUUUCAUUGAGUAUGUGCAUACACGGGAUAUGAAAGCUGCAUAUAAGCAAGCUGAUGGGAGGAAGAUUGAUGGCAGAAGGGUGCUGGUGGAUGUUGAGCGUGGUAGAACUGUCCCAAAUUGGCGUCCUCGGCGACUUGGUGGUGGGCUAGGAACUACCAGAGUUGGAGGGGAAGACGUUAACCAGAGAUAUUCGGGGAGGGAGCAAUUGCAGUCAGGAGGACCAUCUCACUCUGAGGAGCCAAGAGCACGAGAAGAUCGGCAUGCAGACAGGGAAAGGGAGAAAUCCCGUGAAAGGGGCAGAGAGAGGGAACGGGAGAAAUCUCGUGAACAAUCCCAUGACAGGCAUAGGGAUCGUGAUCAGAGAGAGGAUAGGCACCACAAAGAUCGCAACAGGGACAAGGAAAGAGAAAGAGACCGGGGUCGUGAUCGCGAUCGCGAUCGAACACGUGAUCGCGAUAGAGACCGAGGUCGGGAUCGUGGUCGUGACUAUGAACGUGAUCGUCACAGAGAUCGUGAUCGUGCUCGAGAAAGGGAGAGUGAGAGAGACUUAGAAGUUGAAGACUAUGACCGUGGCCGCUCCCGUGAUAGGGAUAUUUAUGAUCGAGUUGAAUCAAAACAUGAGAGGGACCGACAUAGUGAAAGGGUGCGGGACUAUGAUCAUACUGAACCUGAGGAUGAUCAUGGAUGGUAUGAACAGCCUGAGCAAGGGCGUAAUAAACAGUAUGGUCACAUGGAUAUCCAGGAUGAUGAUGAUGAUGAUCGUUAUGAUCAAUAUCCUGAUCGUGGUCAUGAUCAGUAUGAUCGGAUGGGGGAGGGUGAUUACCAUUAUGAGCGUGCAACAUCUGAGUCCCGUGAAAGGGGGAGAACUCGAGAUUUGGAGCGUGAAAAUCGACACUCAGAAAGGUCACUUUCUCAGGAGCACGAAUACUGAGACUGCCAGCACCUCUCAGCUUGUGAUUUUGCUGGUAAGGAUUGAAGAUCGUUAUAUACUAUCUUUUUAUCUGAGUGUUGGAUGGAACUGGCCCGAGUUUAUUCCUCAUUAGCUUUCUGGUCAAGGAAUCAUUUAUUAAAAUCUCAUAUAUGGAUUUCGGAUACUCUUUUUCUUUGACUAAACUCUGUUUAUAAGUUUUAUGACAGCUGCUUGAGGUUCAGUUCUU